GUCUGAAUCUUUCCUUUGUUAUUUCAUUUUUCAUCUAUUAUUAUCAUCAAUUCAUCAUGGCUGGACCUGUUGAAGUUCUCUCUAUGCAUCCCCACGCUCUUGAUACUCCUCCCCGAACGCCUUACAAAGGGGUUGAUAGCCUCAAUUCCGGCAAGGAGAGCCCUAGAAAAGUGAUUGGAAAGUUUCCAACCGAUUCCAGCCUUGGAGACGUGUUUUAUGAUCCUUCUCCAACUUCAGUUUCUUCACCUCGACCACGUGAUGAUUCCAACCAAGAGAUCAUGCCUGAAGAUCCCUUUGAUAGUCAGCACAACCGCAUCCUGUUUGAUGCAAUUGAUGCCCUGCAAUCCUUUGGUGCCGGUGACUUGAGCAUUCCUCAGCUCAUCAUUGUGGGAGGACAAUCCUCUGGAAAGUCGUCUCUCCUCCAAAGCUUGACUGGAAUCCCUUUCCCAGUCGAUAGUGGCUGCUGCACUCGGUUCCCCACACGCAUUGUCUCUCGUCGCACAGAACCAGACAGUGACGACUCAUUCCGAAUUACUAUUGAUCCUGCUGAAGUUGAUGUUCCUGGUUUGGAUCCUGCAUCUGACAACAUCAAGAACUAUGAGUGCAGCGGCAAGAUCCUCACCAAGGAGAGAUUUGCAAAGGUCAUCGAUGAAAUAUCCUCUGAAUUCAUGGGCCUUCGAACUGGUCUAGGAGAAGACAGAAAGAACUUCGUAGCGGAAGUCCUCAAGAUCGAGCUGUCAGGCCCCCACCGCUCCUAUUUCAGUAUUCUCGACCUUCCAGGCACAUUUCAGAAUGCUUCUGCUGUUAACGAGACAGAUCAAGCCAAGGUUGAGGCUAUGGUCAAGGAGUACAUGAACAAUGAAGACAACAUCGUUAUCUGCGUUAUCGAUGCACCUACAGACUUUGAUCGACAGGAGAUUUUGAGGCUGGCCAAGAAGCCUAUCAAGCAAAACCGCUUCGUCGGCGUUUUCACAAAAUGCGAUAUGGUGCAGCAUGAACCAGAGGCGACCAAGAGGAUUGUAUCUAUCGCAACUGGUAACUCUACUCAUAGCCUUGGACGCCUUCCUGGUGGCUGGUUCCUGGUUCGCAAUCGAGCAGACAAAGAUCCAGAUUCUUUCGACCUGAGCGCCGCAGAGAAGAAGCUGUUUAGCAAGAGCCCCUGGAACUCUGUUUCUCAAAGCCGUCUGGGUUCAACUGCAGCCAAGUCAUACCUUGGUACUCUUCUGAGUUCCAAGAUACGUGACUGUUUCCCAACACUCCGCAGUACAAUUCAGCAUAACCUUGAAGAAAGACAACACGAGAAGACCAUGCUUGGAGAGCCUCGCACUAGCCAUGCCGCAAGACAGCAAUUUGUUGUUGCUACUGUACGAAAAUAUGAAGAGAUGGCACAGACGGCUCUAGACCGUCCAGGAUUUCUCGACCACAGCAUGGAGCUUCGCAGAGAAGUUAGUCGAUUGAAUGCUGAAUUUGACAAGUUCAUGCGAGCACGAGGUGGUACCUGGGAGUUUGAGGACGCAGAAGUUGAUCCUCGCGUCCUGCUAGAUGAACGUCUGGCUCUUGAGACUCAGGCGAGGGCUGAGGACAAGCAGUUACCGUCUCGUGUUCGCAAUGUCAACAAGACGAAGCUCGAUGCUUCACUUGACAAGGCGUUCCCGGGCUUGUCACAAAUUCAAGACACAAGAAAUCUUAUGGGUGCCAUCCAAGAGAAGCUCGCACUCUAUCAGGGAUCUCUUCUCGAUGGCAUCAUCAACCCCGAUAUCUACCCAGAUAUGUAUCGAGAGCAAGUCAAGAAAUGGGGACACAUCGCGAACAUCCACCUUGCGCGAGUCGCACAAGCCGUCAAUCGAUGCACUGCCUCCAUCCUCAACGACGUCUGCCCUGCGGAAAGUGACACCACAACUCUGUCGAGGGAGUUGGCCACACUCUUGGAAGCUUCGUGGAAAGAAUCCAUGCAGAGAACUGAAGACUUAUGCAAGUCUCAGUGCGAGAUGGAGACAAAGUGUGUGCGACUGCAAUCCACUGGCCCUCGCUUUGGGGACGAGAUUCAUGGCUGGAGAAUCUUAAGAUUUUACGAGGGACUCACAAAUGCUUGGGUGGAUUGCGAUCCGGGACAUCUUGAUCUUCCUAAGUGUUUUGAGUCUGUCCACCAAAGUCUGGGCAAGAACAUGGUUCUUGAUGUCCACGAUGUUCUCAAAGUUUAUUACAAGCUCUCCCUGGACGCUUUUAUUCGUACCAUUAACAACACCGUUAUCGAAUCGUUCAUCUCUGGUCAAGACGGGCCUGUUCUUGGCCUCAACACGAACCGAAUUUUGAGCCUUUCGGAAGAUGAGAUGAAGAUUGUUGGUGGAGAGAAUGAGAACACUGCCAGGAGACGUAAAGAGCUGGAGCAUGAUAUCGAGAAGCUUCAAGGUGCCCUUACUAUCGUCGAUAGGGCGACUCGACAGACAUCUGCCUUGGAGAGAAAUUGAAGUGGAUAACA